AUGUGUGAAGUGAUCGGAUCAGAUUCGGCUCUCCUCGGGGUCACGUCGGGUCCACUUCGGGAGGGACGCGCGCGCGUGAAAGGACACGCGGCUGAGGCGAAGGCGCGGAGGAAGCGCAGCUGGAUUGUCCCGGGAACACUUUGGUGUGGAGUGAGCAGUAAAGCAUCCACUUAUGAAGAGUUAGGGAUGUUUGAGAACACGGACAGAUGCUGCCGUGAGCACGACCACUGUCUGCACGUCAUCCCGUCUUUCACCGUCAACUACGGAGUCUUCAAUUCACACUUCUACACCCUCUCACACUGUGACUGCGACCAAAGGUUUCGUCAGUGUCUUCUCGGCGCCAACGACACCGUCUCCAGCAUGGUGGGCUACAGCUUCUUCAACAUCCUGCGCGUUCCGUGCUUUGAGCUCAAGCAGAAGAUGCAAUGCACCAGGAUGCACUGGUGGGGAAUGUGCAAAGUAUCCAAAGAGGCUCCAUAUGCCGUCCUCAGAACCCCCCUCCCAUACAACACCUCCAACGCUACAAGCAAAUAUGGAGAAGACGACGACGGCAGUGAGGAGACGAGGGCGGUGAUCGGCUCACCACGAAAACCCCCAAAGAAUAAGCACAGAUGUAGAUCCAGAGAUCCACCGAGAGGAGACACCUUUUACCCCAGGGCGAGUGGAAAAGGUUGUAAGAAACUGUCUUCACAAAAGCCACAGACAUCAAGGACAAACACCACGACUGCUCCAAUGACGACGCGUCUUUUCGUGGUCGCAUUGACGCCAAGAGACAAAAGAGUCGAAAGAAAGAGGAGCGACAGGAAAGACCAGGCUCCUCCACACGUGUCCACAGCAACACAGAGCAUCCUGUCCUCAACGACAACCAAAACCACAACAAAUAACCACAAACAGCCUCCGAAGCAGAGUCGCUGCUGUGAAUCCAGGACACCGUGCAAAAAUAGUCUGGGACAAGAAACGACGACUGUUCCCACAGCUACACACGGACCUUCAGUGAGAGUCACGACACUCUGGACGACGCAGAUCAAAACCAAACAAGAGCGCCGGAAAACACUCUGGAACACUGAUGCAUUUACGAAAGCGCGACCAAAGACCACGAGCACUCUCCACGAAGACCGCAAACCACAGCAGCAGAUGGACUCGGGUCCGCGGGGGAACGACACGCGUCAGACGCUCCAGGGAAGAACAACUGCACAAAGUGACCACGUGAGAAAGAGAUUAAAACAAAAUAAUGACACAAUUCCAGAUUAUCAGCUUCUGUGUGGAAGCCUCAAACAUCUGGACGAAUGUAGAUUCCAAAUCCGUCCUCUGGAGAAGAAGUACGAUCUACAGAACGAGGAGUCAAAGACCGUGUACCACUGUGACUGUACCACACGCUUGGCUGCGAGCGUCAGACGCUUCAAGCGACCCAGCGUCGUCCCCGCACUGCUGGCGGAUUUCGUCUCUCAACGCUGCUUCAAAGUGCCGAAAAAGAAGAAAUGCCAGCGCAGAAAAAGAUGUUCCGGAGGCUUCAGCAAAGCCUCUGACCUACUUAGAGCGCUAAAGAAGACGGAGGAGCAGCACUCAGGCCACGACGCAAGGAAAAGGGCGAUUCCUGUUCGCCUUUAUAAACGAUGCCUGAAGCUGGAAAGAGAAGCUGAAACCGCCGUGGCGCAGCAAAAACAUGAUUAUUACAGAUAAAAGGACUCGUUCACACGUAGCUGGGUAUUAAUACAAAUGUUUUUGAUGUCUUCUAGACUUUUGAAAACUCCGGCUAAAGUUGAAUAAGUCCCAACUUCCUCAACGCAGACGCACAGAUUGCCCACUCGAUCAUCAUAUUAGAGAGAACUCAGCUAUUAAACGCACAGCAUCAAUGAUUUGUUAUCUUUGUGACUCAAAUUUAAUGUAUUUAUAAAUAUAUACCAAGUCUGUAACCAAUAAAAUUGCACUCAAAAAGGUCAAAAUCGUUUAUUUGAAUAUCUAAAGUACUAGUAAUAUGUAAAUACGUUCAGAAAAGUGCAUUUCUGACGCUCGUCAGGUGUGAACCUCAGUUGCCCUCUCGUGAACUUUCAUGUCUUGCUCUG